UGAUCCGAUCAGCUUAAUGUGAUCAAAAAUCGUAUGAACAUUAGUAAAUCUGUCAAAAGAUAAUUCUCAAAAGAACGUAGGGUAUCGCCUAACGAAUGAACACUUAAUUUAACAUAAUAUACAUGGUUUAGUUAUAAGUUAAAAAUUAACACAAAAAUUAUGAAACCUGACAGAAAACAAGACCCAAAAGUAUAUUUAAUAGCACGAGAGGUAGAAUUAGCUCGAAUAUUAGCAGGAAAUGACCCGAAAGCAAGGGAUAAGGCCCUCAAAAGCCUCGGAAAACUGCUUCAAAAGAGAGCAGAAGCAAUGCCCUUCACGGAAGAAGAUUUUCAAAGAAUUUGGAAAGGACUAUUUUACUGCAUGUGGAUGUCUGAUAAACCAUUGGUUCAGGAAGAGUGUGCAGAGAGAAUAUCAAAGUUAGUCCAUUUUACUGAUUUUUCUACAGCUCUCUUAUUCUUUAAGGCUGGACUCUAUAUAGUUAGCCAAGAAUGGACUGGAAUAGAUCAAUUGAGAUUAGAUAAAUUUCUUAUGCUUAUAAGAAGGUUAUUAAGAGAAGCUUUUCAAGUGCUCAAGAAAUAUUCAUUUAUGGAGAACAACAUUAAAAUUUUUAAUGAAGCGAUCUCAGGAACUGUAUUAAACAAAGAAAUUAAAAUUCCAGUAGGUCUUUUUAUGCAUUUUACUGAAAUCUUCUUAGAGGAAUUGGCUAAGGUAUCAGAAGGAAAAAUCCAAUCCAAAAGUGUUGUUAUCUUUUUACAACCAUUCAUUGAACGUUUGGUAAAAUCUGACGAUGGAAGAGAAAUAGGACAUAUAAGAAAAUUCAUUUUUAAUUAUUUGAUGAGACAGUCAAAUGUCGGUAUGGACUAUCAAGAAAAAUACGAGGCUUGGAAACAGCUAGGUUUUCCGGGUAGUAUAAAUUCGAUGCAAAAAGUUAAAGCAGACCCAGAUGAUGAAGAUGAAAGUUCUGAACAGGAUGAAGUUAAAGAAAAGCCAAAAAAUACGAAAUCAAAGCCCAUGGACCCACGAGCUGGAAGAGUAGAUGUUGAAAUUCCGCAGCUUCGAUUUCGCGCUAAAGAUGUGGUCAGUGCAUUAUCGGAAUGCAAAUUUGACAAAAAGAGUUCAACGAGUUCGAGACAAGCAAUAUCGGCAUUGAUUCAACAAUUCAACAAACUAUCAAACGGAGUGUAUCCACUAGGAAUUCAGAAAAUAGACGUGAAAGAUAAAAACGAAGCCAUAAACAUUCGAAAAGCUGCUAAAAAACUCAUCAAAUUUGAACAGAAACUGUUAGGAAAGGAUAGGAAACGAAAACGCGACAAAGAAAAUAAUGAAAAACACGGUGUCGAAAAGAAACGGAUAAAGUUAGAGAAUCAACAAAAUGAAAGUACCAAACCGGUAAAGAACAAAACCAAACCUGGAAAAAAUCAAGACCUUGCAAAUGGGGACAGUACAGUUGCGAAGAAAUUAAAGAAGAAAAAUAAAGAAAAACAUUUACAAGAAUCUACGAAGAACAAUAGAAGAGGGAAUGAAAACACUUCGAAAAAAGUUGUAGAAAGUAAAAGUCAAAAUAGUAAAGAGAGUAAAUCAAAACCAGAAAAAAAUAAAUCGGAAAGUAUAUCAAUUUCCACAGCAGUUCCUAAAACAAAGAAAAAUAAAAAAUCAUUAGAUGUAAUUGAAAAUAAACAACUUAGUUCUAGUAGUAUAGUCAAAGCAAAAGAUAAGCUGAAAAAUAAGAAAAAUAAUAAAUUAAACAAGAAAUUGAAUGGAAAAUUGGGUUCUAAUAUAGAGUGUAUAAUUGAGAGAAGUUCUGGUACUUGGGUGGUGUAUGAAGUUGAAAGCUCCUUAAAACCUGGACCACAGCAGUCAUCAGGAAAAUCAGGAAGUGUGCCAGUUUCCACUUUACCAAAACAUGCUAAAAAACAUCAGCUGGAUAUUAACAACUCACCUAAAGAAAAACAUAGUCCUAAAAAAUCACCAGUGUCCAGUGGUAAAGGACAACACCAAGGGACAAUAGAAUCACCAAAAUCCGGAAAACGGCAGUCACCCGUAAAACCAGAAGCUGUGGCAGCUUCUAAUUCACCAAAAAAUGCCAAAAAGAACGGAUUAAGUGUCAAUAUAUCACGUGAAGAAAAAUUUAGUCCUAAAAAAUCGCCCGGAGCCAUUGCUACAGAGCCAGAGCAAGGAGAAAUAGAAUCACCAAAAUCUGGUUUGACUCCAGUGAGACUCUUCGAAUCAACCCCAGAAAAAAAGGAACUUUUUCCGAAAACCGAAUGGGACGAACCAUUACAAGAGGGCGAAUACGAAAUAUGCAUUCCUUCUAAAAAGUACGUUGGCAAAUUGAAGAAGCAGAAGAAAUUUAAGGACCAAACAGUACAUGAACUCAUUAACACCACGUUAGAGAAAAUUAGGGGAAAAUCUAGGUUUAGUUUAGAUUCUCGAUUAGUCAAUAAUCCGUUCGCCAAAACGGGCAGUGCUAAAAAAGUAAAAAUUAACACUAGCCUAAACAAAUCACAAGAAGUGUAUGAACAUAUUCGCAAUGUAAAAAGCUCUCCGGCUAUACCGUAUGACGCUUCUAGAAAACCUUCCAAACCGCUAUUAAAACCUACGGCGAAUUCAACGCCCAUUAAUCCUUUCUAUAAAAAACAACUAACUAUUUUCUAGAAAGGGAGUUUUAAUCCAGUCAGAAUCUGUUUACGGUUUUAGGGGUGUUGAAAAAUUUCAUGAACCUUCGAAAUAAACAUGUCCGAAAAUAAAUGAAUCCUAAAA